AUGCCCACCAACUACAGGCCUGUCCGCCUGACCUCAGUGCCAGGGAAGGUUAUGGAGGAGGUCAUCUUGAGUACCAUCAUGCGGCACAUACAGGACAACCAGGGGAUGAGGCCCAGUCAGCAUGGCUUCAUAAAAGGCAGAUCCUGCUUAACUAACUUGAUCUCCUUCUAUGACAAGUGUGGCCAGCAGGAGGAGGGAAGUGACUGUCACCCUGUACUCGGCACUGGUGAGGCCACACCUCGAAUGCACGUGUUCAGUUUUGGGCCCCUAGUACAGAGGGACGUUGAGCUGCUGCAGCUUGUCCAGAGAAGGGCAACGAAGCUGGUGAAGGGUCUGGAGAGCAGGUCUUAUGAGGAACGGCUGAGGGAACUGGGGCUGUUUAGCCUGGAGAAGAAGAGGCUUAGGGGACACCUUAUCACUCUCUACAACUACCUGAAAGGAGGUUGUAGCGAGGCGGGUGUUGGUCUCUUCUCCCAAGUAACAAAUGAUAGGACAAGAGGAAAUGGCCUCAAACUGCUCCAGGGGAGGUUUAGAUUGGGUGUUAGGAAAAACUUCUUCACUGAAAGGGUUGUCAGGCAUUGGAACAGGCUGCCCAGGGAAGUGGUUGAGUCACCAUCCUUGGACUUAUUUAAAAGACAUGUAGAUGUGGUGCCUAGGGACCUGUUUAGUGGUGGACUUGGCAGUGCUAGGUUAACGGAUGGCCUUGAUGAUCUUAAAGGUCUUUUCAACCUAAAUGACUCUAUGAUUCUAUGA